AUGUAUGGAAUUUUAUUCAAGAAUGAUGAUUUUGAUCAGUACUUUUUUUUGAUUGAUAAUAAUGUGAGUAUUUUAUACAAUCCUGGCUACUCUGUGGAGGAAAAAAAAAAGGAAUUAACAAAAUGGAUACAGAAAAAAAUUGAACCUUUGGUUAUUAAAUUUUCUGAGUAUUAUUUCCCCCUUUUUUUUUCAAACGAUACGGUUACUCUUUUUAUCCUAUACAACGAUAUACGUGACCUCAACAAGGCAGAUAUUAUAAAGUGUGCGAAGAAGUACCCGAAUAUCACCUUCUCCGUGUCGGGGAACAAGGAGGUGUAUGAGAAGAGGCUCCUCAACGAGCUACUUAUCGAGAAGGUCAAAAAGCCAGUCAUGCGAAUUACCCAGUUUAAGAAUCACUUCCCCGUUCCGUACAAGUACAGGCCCAUCAGCGACGCCGUCGAGAUAAACGAGCAGAGCAUCGACCAAUUCGUCCAGGACUACCUCAACGAAAAGAAGCACUUUUACCGAAAGAGCGAGAGAGCGCUACCGGACGAAUUCAACCACGGAUACAUAAAAAUAAUAGUGGCCGACACCUACGAUGAAUACGUGUUUGACAACACCAAGAACGUCGUGGUGCUUUUCUACGCGCCCUGGUGCGGCCACUGCUACAAAUUCGAGCCUGUGUAUAGGGAAAUCGGAAAGAGACUCAAGAUAUACGGAAAAAAAUUCAAGGACUACAAGAACGACGUGGUCAUUAGCAAAAUCGACGCGGUCAACAACGAGAUAUACGACAUCCUCAUCGAGGGAUACCCCACCAUUUAUCUGUACACAAAAGAGAACAAGAAGGAGCCUAUCAGGUACAUCGGCCCGAGGACCGUGGAAAACAUCAUUUCGUGGAUUUGCGAAAAGACCAAUACCAACAUAGACAUACAGAAAUUCCGUAACAUCAAUUUGGACGAUGAGCAACUUUUCGAAACAUAUGAGGAGCUGUGA